AUGUCCAUCGUCACAGAGAAGAUGGAGACGCCAGCGAAGAAGGCUGCAGCUCCUUCUGUGGCGCAGAUCAAUGCUGAAUAUGUUACACAGCUGGCCAAUAAGUACUGGGCUCCCAAGGCCCAGAACAAACUGCCCUUUGAUGCAAAAGUGGUCAGAGAGAUUUAUGCAGUGGAGAUUCUGGAGUCCAGAUUUGCCAUCAGGAAGAUCAUGUUACUGGAGUUCAGCCAGUACCUGGAGAACUACCUGUGGGUUAACUACUCUCCGGACGUGUCCUCCAACGCCUUCAUCAUGUCCAUCUGCUGUAUCAUCAACGAGAAGUUCAGGGAGAACGUGCCUGCCUGGGAGGUGUUCAAGAAGAAGCCCGAGCACUUCCCCUGGUUCUUCCGCAGUGUGAUGGAGGCCGUGUUGCAGGGAGACAAGUCCAAACUGAGCCUGAGGGAGCAGACGGUGCUGCUGCUCUUCAUGGACCACUGCUUCAACAGCCUGGAGGUGGACCUGAUCCGGGAGCAGGUGCAGCAGCUCAUCUCUCUGCCCAUGUGGAUGUGUCUACUGCCAUCCAGGCUCCAACAUGAGCUCAAGAAGGUCCCCAAACUGCAGAAGUUCUGGAAUCUCAUCAAGAAGAAACUGGACAAGAUGGACGCCGACGCAGCAGAGCAGUCAAAGAAGGAGAGGACCUUCCUGUCGGCGCUCAUCAAACAGUUCAUUCAAGUGUUGAUGUCCAUCCCAGCCACAGGGCCAUUGUCCAUGGACCAAGUACACUACUGUGAGCGAUUCAUUGAGCUGCUGAUUGAUUUGGAGGCUCUGCUGCCCACCCGGCGAUGGUUCAACACACUCCUGGACGACUCUCAUCUGGUGGUGCACUGUCACCUGUCAGGGCUCGCCCAGCGGGACAAGGAGGGCCACCUCUUCUGUCAGCUGUUGGAUAUGCUGAAGUUCUACGCCGGAUUUGAGAUCAACGACCAAACUGGGAACGCGCUGACGCAGAAGGAGAUGACAACGCUCCACUACGACAAGAUCAUCUCACUACAGAGGGCUGCCUUCGCCCACUUCCCUGAGCUCCUGGACUUUGCUCUGUCCAAUGUGGCGGCAGUGGACACCCGAGAGUCUUUGAAGAAGCACUUUGGCCAUUUGAGUCCUAACAAACUGCACCAGGUGGCGACAUACCUGUGCCUGUUGCCGGAGCUGCCUGAAGGACAGGACACCAGCUAUGACAAGGACUUUCUCCUGGAGCUGCUGGUGUCCCGUCAUGAGCGCAGGAUCUCUCAGAUAGAGCAGCUGAACCUGAUGCCUCUGUACCCCACUGAGAAGAUCAUCUGGGACCAGAACAUUGUCCCCACCGAGUACUACUCAGGAGAGGGGUGUCUGGCCUUACCUAAGCUGAAUCUGCAGUUCCUCACCCUCCACGACUACCUGCUGAGGAACUUCAACCUCUUCCGCCUAGAGUCUACCUACGAGAUCCGGCAGGACAUCGAGGACGUGGUGUGGCGCAUGAAACCAUGGGAGUCUGAGUACGGGGGCGUGGUGUUUGGAGGCUGGGCCAGGAUGGCUCAGAUCAUCACGGCCUUCUCCAUCGUGGAGGUGGCCAAACCAAACAUCGGGGACAGCUGGCCGGCCCGUGUGCGUGCCGACGUCACGGUCAACCUCAGCGUGCAGGACCACAUCAAGAACGAGUGGGAAGGUCUCCGGAAGCAUGACGUGUGCUUCCUGGUGACGGUACGUCCCUGCCUUCCUUACGGAACGCGCUUCGACCGCCGCCAGCCCUUCUUGGAACAGACCGGCCUGGUGUACGUCAGGGGGUGCGAGGUGCAGGGCAUGCUGGAUGACAAGGGGAGGGUCAUCGAAGAAGGCCCUGAACCCCGGCCCAAGCUCCUGGGAGACACCCGAACAUUCCGUGUGUGGCUGGACCCAAACCAGUACCAGCAGGACAUGACCAACAACAUCCAGAACGGAACAGAGGACCCCUACGAGACCUUCAACAUCAUCAUGAGGCGUAAGCCCAAAGAGAACAACUUCAAGGCCGUGCUGGAGACAAUUAGGCACCUUAUGAACACAGAGUGUGUGGUGCCAGACUGGCUCCACGACAUCAUCCUCGGUUAUGGGGACCCCGGCAGCGCCCACUACUCCAAAAUGCCCAACCAAAUCUCCACGCUGGACUUCAACGACACAUUCCUCACCCUGGACCACCUGCGCUCCAGCUUCCCCGGCUACACCAUCCAAGUCAAGGAAGACAGGCCCGAGCUACAAGUGCCCCCGUUCAGGAUCACGUUUCCCAUCCCUGCACAGCCAGACAAAGGUAAGAAGAGGAAAACUGGUGAAGAGCAGAGGCCUCAGGAAGACAAGACCCUGAUGGUGGAACCGUAUGUGGCUCCCAACAGAGGGCCCUAUCCUUAUAACCAGCCCAAGAGGAACACUAUCCAGUUCACCCCUACCCAGAUUGAAGCAAUUCGAGCCGGGAUGCAGCCGGGACUCACCAUGGUGGUGGGACCUCCUGGGACCGGAAAGACUGACGUAGCCGUCCAAAUCAUCUCCAACAUUUAUCACAAUUUCCCAGACCAAAGGACGCUCAUCGUAACACAUUCAAAUCAGGCUCUGAACCAGCUUUUUGAGAAGAUCAUGGCUCUGGACAUCGAUGAGCGCCACCUGCUGCGUCUGGGCCACGGAGAAGAGGAGCUGGAGACCGAGAAGGACUUCAGCAGAUAUGGAAGGGUGAACUAUGUGUUAGCACGGCGCCUGGAGCUGCUGGGAGAGGUGGGUCGUCUGCAGGAGAGCCUGGAUGUCCCUGGAGACGUGUCGUACACCUGUGAGACAGCAGGACACUUCUACCUAUAUCAGGUGAUCUCUCGCUGGGAGCAGUACUUGAGCAAAGUGAAGCCAAAACAGGGUAAAACUGUGGCAGUGGAGGAGGUGGCAGAACAUUUCCCAUUCCACAAGUUCUUCUCCAACGCCCCCCAGCCCGUCUUCAAGGGGCGCACCUAUGAAGAGGAUGUGGACAUCGCAGAGGGAUGCUACCGCCACAUCAAGAAAAUCUUCACACAGUUAGAGGAGUUCCGGGCCUUUGAGCUGCUCAGAAGUGGACUGGACCGUUCCAAGUAUCUGCUGGUAAAGGAGGCAAAGAUCAUCGCCAUGACGUGUACUCACGCCGCACUCAAACGCCACGACCUGGUGGAGCUGGGCUUCAAGUAUGACAACAUCCUAAUGGAGGAAGCUGCCCAGAUUCUGGAAAUUGAGACGUUCAUCCCUCUACUGUUGCAGAACCCCGAGGACGGGUACAGCAGACUGAAGCGCUGGAUCAUGAUUGGGGACCACCACCAGCUGCCCCCUGUCAUCAAGAACAUGGCCUUCCAGAAGUACUCCAACAUGGAGCAGUCCCUGUUCACCCGCUGCGUCCGCCUUGGAGUGCCCACAGUGGACCUGGAUGCACAGGGACGAGCACGCGCCAGUCUCUGUAACCUGUACAACUGGCGCUACAAACAGCUGGGGAACCUGCCGCACGUGCAGCGGCUGCAGGAGUUCCAGGUGCCCAACCCCGGCCUGACCUUCGACUUUCAGCUCGUCAACGUGGAGGACUUCAACGGAGUGGGAGAGUCUGAGCCCAAUCCCUACUUCUACCAGAACCUGGGCGAGGCGGAGUACGUGGUGGCCCUCUUCAUGUACAUGCGUCUGCUGGGGUACCCUUCUGACCGCAUCAGCAUCCUGACCACCUACAACGGCCAGAAGCAUCUGAUCCGUGACGUCAUCAACCAGCGCUGCGGCAACAACCCUUACUUUGGACAGCCCAGCAAGGUGACCACAGUGGACAGGUUCCAGGGUCAGCAGAACGACUACAUCAUCCUGUCGCUGGUCCGCACCAAAGCCGUGGGUCACUUGAGGGACGUGCGGCGGUUGGUGGUCGCCAUGUCCCGAGCCAGACUGGGCCUGUACGUGUUUGCGCGAGUCUCCCUCUUCCAGAACUGCUUCGAGCUGACGCCAGUGUUCAACCAGCUGAGCGCCCGCCCUCUGGAGCUACACAUCCGGCCCAACGAGUACUACAGCCAGGAGCAGCCCAGGGACGUGUCGAAGCAGCCUGACCGCGUGGUGAAGAACAUGCCGGAGAUGGCCAACCUGGUCUACAACAUGUACAUGCACAUGAUCCAGACCCAGAAGCACCGACAGCAGCAACAGCAGCUAGCCCAACCGCCAAAACAAAGCCAGCCCCCCGCGGAGCAGCAAAAAGCAGCCCAGCCCGCGGGACACGAGCCGGAAAAGAGCGCGGAGCAGACGCCCACGGACCGGGACGCGUCAGGGGGGAAGGAGCGCCAGCCAGUGCCCAGUCACACAGAGGAGGAGGAGAUGGAUACCACAGAGCAGCCCCCCACCACAGAGCAGACUCCCACCACAGAGCAGCCCCCCACCACAGAGCAGACUCCCACCACAGAGCAGACUCCCGCGCAGACUCCCGCCACAGAGCAGACUCCCACCACAGAGCAGACUCCCGCCACAGAGCAGCCCCCCACCACAGAGCAGACUCCCACCACAGAGCAGCCCCCCACCACAGAGCAGACUCCCACCACAGAGCAGACUCCCGCGCAGACUCCCGCCACAGAGCAGACUCCCACCACAGAGCAGACUCCCGCCACAGAGCAGCCCCCCACCACAGAGCAGACUCCCACCACAGAGCAGCCCCCCACCACAGAGCAGACUCCCACCACAGAGCAGACUCCCACCACAGAGCAGACUCCCGCCACAGAGCAGACUCCCACCACAGAGCAGACUCCCACCACAGAGCAGACCCCCACCACAGAGCAGACCCCCACCACAGAGCAGACCCCCACCACAGAGCAGACUCCCACCACAGAGCAGACUCCCACCACAGAGCAGACUCCCACCACAGAGCUGACUCCCACCACAGAGCAGACUCCCACCACAGAGCUGACUCCCACCACAGAGCAGACUCCCACCACAGAGCAGACUCCCACCACAGAGCAGCCCCCCACCACAGAGCAGCCCCCCACCACAGAGCAGCCCAGCACCAUGCCAGAGCACCCGGGUCGAGACAGUGACAGCGAGGGGGAGGACGAGGAGAAGGGAGGGGACAACUAG